AUGCAGACCAAUUUGAAGCGAAAAGUAGACAGCGAUACCUCGAAGAUCUGUGUAUUAAAAGUUCGUUCGAUCGAUACUUCCACAUCCAAGAAGCGCUGCCCGACUCCGAAAUCCCUUGGAAAUUAUGACAAGAAAUGGUCAAACCAAGAGUCUGAGCUAUUCCCAGACAAUGGGCGUUUUCUGAUGACAGGCAGUGAUGGAACAAGGUCUUCAUCUGACUUAACUCGCCGAGCGUCUACCUCCGAAUUUAACAAUGGUUCAAGUUAUUGUCAACAAUACGCCUCGGCCUUGGAAAACCCAUCAACUACACGCUUCGACCCGAGACUCGAAGAUAAUAAUACCACCAACUAUCAACGACCAAGCAAUAUUCGGUUCAGCGGAUGCGAAGAAGAUAGAGUACAAAGAUUGUUCGUUUCGUUACACGAUUCUCUAUUUGAAUUUGAGACAGUAGUCAGAGAGGAUAUCAAUAAGGCUCAACAAAAAGGUAAUGACCAUCCAUCUCCCGAUAAUGUCAAGGAACAGCAAUCAGAAUUAGUUGCGGCGAUCCAACGGAUUAUGCUUCAGGAUGAACUCCCCACAUCGUCUGCCCUCGAAGACCUUUUGAAGGUGACUUGGACCGAUAGCCAAUCUGUCGAAAAUCAACUGCAAGGGAUCUCAUUGUCAUUACUGCAUGCAAGUCUUGUGUCGUCAUAUGUUUUCCAUUUUGUUCAAAAUAGGGAUGUCUUCAAUAAGCAACCCUGCGUGGCGGCAAUGAAAGUAGGAUUUGAAGUUUGCCGGCGAUUGGCAGACGAUCGAUAUUAUGGUCACGGCUAUGAAGCACUGAGAGAAUUUCAGUUGGAACUUUUGCACAACAAGGUUUGGAAAGAAGAGCUGUUCGAAGCCAGCCGCGAGAAGUUCUCUCGGGACCUCCUAAAGUUUAUCGAGCCUCUCACGAAAAUCUUCCGAGUCACCGAAUGUCCGCUCGCAGAACUAAGGGGUACCAUUGUCGAUUCGGCCCUGGAGCUGUGGUCAUACCUGCAAUGUCUCAGAGGAAAUCUUGAGCUGAUCAUACCAUCAAGAGGCGAUAUCUUCAACCCGAAAGAACAUGACGUUGUGGAUGCGUAUUCUUCUCGCAUGGAGCCCUGGAAAGCCACCAACAAGAAGGUUUUUCUGGUCAGGUCUCCGGGUCUUCGAUGGUGGCCCGAAAUCAGUGGUUGCGGGAAGCCGGUGGUGGCCUUAGUUCUGAAGGCCAGAGUAAUAUUUGAUUUGUAG